UUGUACUUUGCUUCAUUUUGCACAUUUGUUAUUGUUUGGUUGUUCUUUUUCUUGCAUAUUUGCACAGUAUUUAUUUGCUUUUAGACACACUUGAGGCCAUUCAGGAAGUGUGGUGUCUCCAGCCAUGUCGGCUGCCCGUGCCGGCAUGCGGAGGCACCACAGUGUGAGAUUUCUUUUCAAAGAAAAGGAUGGUAAGCUCCUGGAGAUGUCCAGACUGGACUUCUCCAGGAAACUCAUUCAGAAGGCCCUUGGCUUUUCCCCCAAGGAGCUAAAUUGUGUUCUGACUCUGCCCUUCAACAAAGGCUUUGAUAUCAGUUUUGUUACUGCAGCUGUGUUACAAGACUUUUGGCAACGUUUUGAAAAGGUUAAGACCCAGUUUUCGGCAUUCAGUGUGGAGAAACUGACUGACAACUCCCUGAAAGUGGUUGUUGUUAGAAUGUUCAAUGAAAUGGUGAAUGCUGAAGAUAUCUGUAUGUGGCUGGGUAGAUAUUGCACUGUGAAGGGCCAGGCUACCAAGGUGAGAGAUGAAGACGGCAUCUGGAACUGUGCCUGGAGGGUCCCCAUCCAGCAAUGGCAGGACCCUCAGGGAUACCAGGGCCUGAGGCAUCUCCCAUCCAUGGUAGUCCUUGGUGAGAACAGGGGCUACAUUCACUACCAGGGCAUGCCCAAGCUCUGCCGCAAGUGUGGCGAGCAUGGACACCUGGCAGAAGCUUGCCAAAACACAGUUUGCGGUAAAUGUAGAGAAAUUGGGCAUUCCUUUGAAGAAUGUCCCAAUGGCAGAAAGUGCAAUCUCUGUGGAGAAUCAAAUCACCUUUUCAGAGAUUGCCCAAUGUCUUUUGCCAACAAAUUGAAAGCCAAGAGAAAGCAAGAAAGUGAAAUCGAAAAAGAAAAUAGCCCACAGGAAAAUGGCCGAAAAGUAACAGUCGAGGUGCUAAUUGAAGAGGAGGGGCUGGGAAAUUCAAAUCUCCCACCAAAAUCCGUGGUUGGUGGAGAGGAGCCCGGUGAGGUGGGACAAGGGGAGGAGCCUGGCUCCAACUCAGCAGAGGGCGCUGCUGAGGGAGAUAGAGAAAGCCAGGCAGCAGGUGGAGCUGGACAAGAAUCAACUGUGUCAGGCCUAAGCGCCACUGAUUCCACGGCCAGCCUGAUCACAGUUGAUGACGAACAAGAACAAGCAGGGUCCAGCGACACCUCCCUCCCCAAUGCCCAGCCCAACCUCAAGAGAACUGCAUCUGAACUGUCCAGCUCCGAGGCUAAUGCAGCCUCAGAGAAGAAGGGAAGGGCCGAGCUCGUCUCAUACAGCUCCCCUGUGGAGCAGCUCGGAGCCUUCCCUUCCAGUUCACCCAAUCAGUGCUCAUUUCUUGGUAUAGCACUACAGUCAACUCCUUUGGAAAAGCGUGCAGACAUUGCGUUCCGGAGAAAAGAAUCUCAGGCCUCACCCCCCGAUUGCAUGGGGAUAGUGAAGUGA